AUGUUAAUAGCAUUCUUUGUUGUCCUUAAGGUGUACCUACUUUACACCUCUAUUCCCGCUGUAGAUAGUACUUUGGAAACAACAAAGCUAGGAGAGGUUAACCAAAAAUUUACUUUUCAAUUGCUAAAAUCUCUGCAAGACAAAAAUGCUGGCCAUAUAAAUGAUAUUCCGAUAACGAAUCAAACGAAUGUGAUAUUUUCGCCUUUUAACAUUGGUCGUUCAUUGACACUUUUACUGUUGGAGUUCACUAAAGGUUUAAUCAAAGACUUAUUACCUGCCAGGUCUCUUAAUUCAGACACCAAAGUUGUCUUGGUGGAUACUAUCUACUUUAAUAGUAAUUGGGGAAUUCCUUUUAAACCAGACCUUUUCAGCAAAACAUCUGGAGAUUCAAACUCCUCAUCUGUCGAUAUGGCCCUAACUAAACUCACUUUCGUAAAGGUUUUCACGAGAGAUGACGGGGAACUCGAAAAGGUUAAAAUGAUGUAUGGUUCUAAUAAUGCUCAAUACGGUGAAACACAACUAAAGAAAAUUGAGGAGAAGCCAAGUUUCACUCCAGAUCAAACGAUCAAAAUUGUCAGAAUUCAAUAUGCCAAUCCCAAUUUGGCCAUAGGAUCUGCAGAUUUUUCCGGCUUAGCAGGAUCCGACAAAUCUUCCAGAUUGUGCAUUAGCGAAAUAUUUCACAAGGCGGUUAUUGAAGUUAACGAAAAAGGGACAGAGGCAGCAGCUCCCUGCUGUGGUUGCGGAAACUUUAUCUUUACCUAUUACUGA